AUGAGUGACUACGGUUAUAGCACCUACGGUUAUAGCACCUACGGUCAUAGCGACGGCAGUGGGGUUUACAAAAAAAGGGUUUGUGGCCACGAACCGGUCAUAAACCCGACGGGCAUCAUUAGAGCGGCCGCAUGGAUGUUGGACAAUCGUACAAUCGCAUGGUGGUCGCUGGGCAAUGCAUUACUACGGCCGUGGAAGACACCUUACGGCUUGGCAUUCGUACCAAGGAUAUGGGUGGUGAUAAGACCUGCCCGCAAUUGA